AUGUAUACUGAACUCCCAUUUGAUGAAUUAAAAGUUGAUCCAACUCAAAAGAAACGUAUUGCUUAUUUCUAUGAUGCUGAUAUUGGGAAUUAUGCUUAUGGUGCUGGUCAUCCCAUGAAACCUCAUCGUAUAAGAAUGGCUCAUUCAUUAAUUAUGAAUUAUGGAUUAUAUAAAAAAAUGGAAAUUUAUCGAGCCAAACCAGCAACAAAACAAGAAAUGUGUCAAUUUCAUACUGAUGAAUAUAUUGAUUUUAUUAGUCGAGUUAACCCUGAUAAUUUAGAUUUAUUUACUAAAGAACAAAUUAAAUUUAAUGUUGGUGAUGAUUGUCCAGUUUUCGAUGGAUUAUUUGAAUAUUGUGGUAUUAGUGGUGGUGGUUCAAUGGAAGGAGCAGCAAGAUUGAAUCGAGGUAAAUGUGAUAUUGCCAUUAAUUAUGCUGGUGGAUUACAUCAUGCAAAAAAAUCUGAAGCUAGUGGGUUUUGUUAUUUAAAUGAUAUUGUAUUGGGAAUCAUUGAAUUAUUACGAUACCAUCCAAGAGUAUUAUAUAUUGAUAUUGAUGUUCAUCAUGGUGAUGGUGUCGAAGAAGCAUUUUAUACUACUGAUAGAGUAAUGACUUGUUCUUUCCAUAAAUACGGAGAGUUUUUCCCUGGAACUGGUGAAUUAAGAGAUAUUGGAGUAGGUAAGGGGAAAUAUCAUGCUGUUAAUGUUCCAUUACGUGAUGGUAUUGAUGAUGCCACCUAUAAAUCAAUAUUUGAACCAGUAAUAUCGAAAAUCAUCGAAUGGUAUCAACCUUCAGCCAUUGUUUUACAAUGUGGAGGAGAUUCCUUGAGUGGUGAUCGAUUAGGUUGUUUUAAUUUAUCUAUGAAUGGUCAUGCUAACUGUAUCAAUUUUGUUAAAUCUUUUAACAUACCCAUGAUGGUAGUUGGUGGAGGUGGUUAUACUAUGAGAAACGUGGCUCGUACUUGGGCUUAUGAACUGGGAUUAUUGAACAAUGUCAAAUUACCCGAUGAAUUACCUUAUAAUGAAUAUUAUGAAUAUUAUGGCCCUGAUUAUAAAUUGGAUGUUCGAUCAUCUAAUAUGUUUAAUCAGAAUUCUCCAGAAUUUUUAGAUAAAAUUUUGACAAACAUUAUUGCCAAUUUGGAAAAUACAAAACACGCGCCUUCAGUACAAAUGAAUGAAGUUCCUAAUGAUCCAGAAGAUUUAGGAGAUAUUGAAGAAGAUACAGCCAUGGCAAUUGAUACAAAAGGAGGUUCAGAAAUGAGUCGAGAUGCUCAAAUACAACCAGACAAUGAGUUUUAUGAAGAUGAUGAGAAAGAUAAGGGGGAGAAAGCUAUAGUUGAUAAUAAACAAGAAGAGCAAGAUUCAAUGAAUAUUGAUAAGAAUGAAACACCCGUUGUUGAGAAGAAUAAAGAGAUAGUAGAAGAUAAACAACAAGAUGAAAAUGAGAAUACAGACGAUAAGAUAGAAGAGGAUAAACCAGAAGAAACAAACCCGGUUGAAGAAAAAGCUCCAGAGGAAAAAGUAGAAGAAGUAAAACCAGUUGAAGAGAAAGCAGAAGAAGUAAAAGAGGUUGAAGAGAAAGUAGAAGAGUUAAAAGAGGUUGAUAAGCCAGAGGUAACUCCAACAGAGCCAACCAAGGAACUGAAACAAGAGGAUCAACCCAUGGAAGAUGCCACAAAAUUAACUGAAGAAGAAUUAAAAGAAAUUGAAGAACUAAAUAAAGGUUCAUAA